AUGCACGACUGGCCACUGGUUGGUGUGGUUGGUGUGGUUGGUGUAGUUGGUGUGGUUGGGGUGGUUGGAUCGGGUGAUGUGGUUGACGUGGUUGGUGUGGUUGGCGUGGUUGGUGCGGUUGGUGUGGUUGUUGGUGUGGUUGGUGCGGUUGGUGUGGUUGGUGCGGUUUGUGUGGUUGGUGCGGUUUGUGUGGUUGGUGUAGUUGGUGUGGUUGGUGUGGCUGGUGCGGUUUGUGUGGUUGGUGUAGUUGGUGUGGUUGGUGCGGUUGGUGUGGUUGGUGUGGUUGGUGCGGUUGGUGUGGUUGGUGCGGUUUGUGUGGUUGGUGCGGUUUGUGUGGUUGGUGUAGUUGGUGUGGUUGGUCUGGUUGGUGCGGUUGGUGUGGUUGGUGCGGUUUGUGUGGUUGGUGCGGUUUGUGUGGUUGGUGUAGUUGGUGUGGUUGGUGGGGUGGGUGAGGAUGGUGAGGUUUGUGUGGUUGGUGCGGUUUGUGUGGUUGGUGUAGUUGGUGUGGUUGGUGUGGUUGGUGUGGUUGGUGCGGUUUGUGUGGUUGGUGUGGUUGGUGCGGUUGGCGUGGAUGGUGUGGUUGGAGCGGUUGGCGUGGUUGGUGUGGAUGGCGUGGUUGGUGUGGUUGGUGCGAUUUGUGUGGUUGGUGUAGUUGGUGUGGUUGGUGUGGAUGGCGUGGUUGGUGUGGUUGGUGCGAUUUGUAUGGUUGGAGCGCUUAUUGCGGUUGGUGUGGUUGGUGCAGUUUGUAUGGUUGGUGCAGUUGUUUGGUGUGGUUGGUGCGUUUGUAUGGUUGGUGCGGUUGGUGUGGUUGGUGCAGUUUGUAUGGUUGGUGCGGUUGGUCUGGUUGGUGCAGUUUGUAUGGUUGGUGCGGUUGGUGUGGUUGUUGCGGUUGGAGUGAAGAAGGAGAGUUUUUUCAAGGAGAGCGUCCCCUUCAGACGACCCGCCGGGCCUGAGGUUCUGGAGCAGACAGAAGCUGGCGUCUGGGGCACAGCUCGAGCUCUAUAUCUCUCUCUGUGUGUGUUCUGCUCUCUGCUUCUGGACCCCUGUCUGACCCAAGAGAUGCUGUCCCUCCAGCUCCAGGAUAUUGUGUCAUUAAUUAAAUAA